GACCUUGCCAGUCGGUCCAGCAUCCAUGUGGCGCAAACCCAUCGCUGAUUUUCUAGGGUGCUGAGCUCUGUCGACAUCGGAAGGGCUACCGCGUGCCUGAUAUUCAACGAUCAACGAUCAACUACACCUGGCAGGGAGCGACCUACGCCCUUCGACAAAACCCCAGACACAAUGUUUGGAGCGUUCCGGCCGACAAACAGCCUCUCCGGAGGUCUUCUCUGGAAGAUCCCCUGGAGACUGUCCCGCUUCCAGAAGGCGCGCCAGCGGCAGCGCCUCCGGGCCGUCGACGCGGUGGUAGACACCCUCGACAAGGCCCUCGCGCGGCAGGGCGAGACCCUCAAGGCGCUCGAGACGUGGAAGGCCGAGAUGCCCACCGAGGCCGAGAUGCUGCCGCGGGACAAGUACACCAUGUUCGACCGCAAGGAAAAGAAAUACAGGAAGGGCAUUCACAAACUACCAAAGUGGACGAGAGUGUCACAAAGAGUGAAUCCUCCUGGUUACUAAACUGGCAAGGCCGUGGCUAGCGAGCAUUGGUCGUUGUCAUUGUGGGCGGUCGAUGGAUGGAGAGCGGAACAAAACGAGAUAUUGUCUUUUCAUGUAACAUAUACUGGCGAAACCAAAAGGCUGCCAGGUGUAACACUACAACACCUAGGGAGCGUUCGUGCUCUGCGAUGCGGUCGCUUUUGUAUCUUCCAGGGCCACAGCAAUCAAUAUAAAUGGAGUUCAAGGCUUUGAU